AAGUCCUCAUAACCUUUUGGAUAUCUUCAAAGUCGACAUCAUCAUUUUAGUGUGAACUAUGAUUGUCAAUCGAUAUGUUCUAGUUUGUGUUCUUCUUCUAAUUAUCUUCAAUCAUCUCUGUCAUGGUUGGCGAAGACGACGACGCAGACGUUAUUGGUGGAGAUGUUAUCCUCGGAAUUGUGCUUUUUCUUCAUGGUCUUCGUAUUCUUCUUGCACGGCUACUUGUGGAUCCUCUGGCACAAAAUAUCGAACUCGUUAUAUUACAAGAUAUGCGUCUUGUGGUGGCAGUUGUAACUAUCAAACCUACCAAAGCGUAUCUUGCCCUGGGACUUGUUGUCCUGCACAUUGUUCGUACUCCUGGACGGCUUGGGGCUCAUGUUCAAAAACAUGUCAAUACGGCACGCGAACACGCAAUAUUCGAGUUUGGAGAAAUCCCAGUUGUGGUGGAAGAGCUUGUCCUUCCAGUAGCCAGUCUCAAAAAUGUGGGACUGGAAGAUGUUGCCCUGUUAACUGUGCAGUGGGAAGUUGGGGAUCUUGGGGGUCAUGUAAUGCUACUUGCGAGAAAACUGGUACCCGCAAAAGAAAUCGUCAAGUAUCAAGACAGGCUUCUUGUGGGGGGACAUCUUGUCCAAGUCUUACAGAUACUAAGUCAUGCAGCGGCCCAUGCUGUCCACGUGAUUGUGUCAUGUCAUCCUGGUCUACCUGGAGCAAAUGCUCGUCUGGUGGCUGCGCUGUAAAUAGUGGCACUAGAAAAAGGACUCGAAGGUUAAUGACCAAGGCGUCAUGUGGUGGCACAUGUGGUCUAGCUACAUCAGAUACUCAAAAAUGUACUCCUAUUCCUAUUUCAUGUCAAGUUAGCUCAUGGAGUUUGUGGCAAGCAUGUGUUCCAAGCAAUGGCAGAUGUGGACAAGGGAAUCAACAUCGUUCACGUAACAUUACACAACAAAGUUAUUGUAGUUCACCGUGUCCACAGAUUAAUGAGAGUCGAAGUUGUGUUCAUAGUUGUUGCCCUGUCAAUUGUCAAUUAAGCCAAUGGACGACAUGGUCUUCGUGUUCUUCUACAUGCGGAAAAGGCAAGUCAGAUCGUACUCGUAGUGUGCGCAUUCAACCAAGUUGUGGUGGUCGGAAUUGUAGUAUCUUGAGUGAGAGUAAGGACUGUAUUAAAUACAACGAUAAAGAUUGUGUCAUGGACUUAUGGAGCUCGUGGUCUGCCUGUGAUAAUGGCUGUGGUCACGGAACACAACGCAGAUAUCGUAAGAUAACUCAUCAAAGUGUUUGUCGGGGACAAAAAUGUGGGUCAAUCGAGGAAUCAAGAAAUUGUACUAGCUACAGAAAUAGCCGUGAUUGUGAGGUUGGCGAAUGGUCAUCGUGGAGUAAAUGUGACCAACUGUGUGCCAUUGGGAAUAAAGUUAGAAAUAGAAGGAUCACAUCGAACUUCCAAUGUCAAGGAAGAUCUUGUCCUCAUCUCAAGGUAUAUCUGUGUAUACGCGAAGUUUCUUUUUUCUCAAUUCAUUUCAGUCAUACUGUUUUUGAUUCUAGGAAUCCAUGCAAUGUGGUUUACCUAACAACGGUUGCCAACACAAAUGCAACAAUGGUGUUUGUUCUUGUAGUGCCGGAUAUAAUUUGAUCGGCACCAAGAAUUGUACUGCAAAGGAUUGUGGGAAACUUGAAUUGUCUUAUUGUCCUUCAGGUACGAAUCAUGGAACAACAUGUGAACACCCUGUUGUUUCGUGUCCUAACAACCAGACUAUCUUCUCGACUUUUUGCUCAAUACUCUGCCCAAGCUAUUACGCUCAAAAAGGAGCCAACAGUAUUACAUGUACAGCGGCUGGUACAUGGUCAACAACUGUUGGGACUUACUGUCGAAGGAUCAACGACCCUCC